GGGUAUUUACUUACCCAGUGACCAGAAAUUCAUAAGUGCUCACAUACUCAUUUACAAGCACUUCCCAAAACCAAAAGUGUAAUUUUCCCAGAUUCUUCUUAAACUCAAGAUUUUUCCUUCUCAUUCUAUAAAAUUAGUGAUCUAAAGUCAAAUUUUAAUAUAUCUUCAUCUCAUCUGUUUUUCUCCUUGAAAAACCAAGUUUUUUCUCAUGUCUGACUAUGGAUCCGACAACACAUGCUGCUUUCGUUGCGCCAAGUUUGUAUUAACUGCAGGCUUAUCAGCUCUCUUCAUCUGGCUAAGUUUAAGAACCACCAAACCAUCAUGCUCCAUAGAAAAUUUUUACUUACCUGCCCUUAACAAAUCUGAUAAUUCCAACACAACAAGAUCCAACCAUACACUCUUCUUUCAGCUCAAUUUGAACAACAAGAUGAAGGACAAAGGUGUUCGUUACGACGACAUUAAAUUACGCUUUUACUAUGGUACAAAUACCAGUUUCCUUAUAGGUAAUUAUACAGUACCUCGAUUUUACCAAGGCCAUGACAAGAAAGCACAUAAAAAGGGGAUGUUCAAAACUGAAAAAUUGCCUUGGGAUGAUGCUUUAAAGAUUGUUUCAAAUGGGUCAAAUGUUGUUUUUAGGGUGGAUGUGACUACAACAGUCAGGUACAAGGUUAUUUUUUGGUAUAGUAAGAGACAUAAUGUAACUGUGGAAAAUAGAACAGUGAGUGUGGAUGGUUCAGGUAAAUCAAGUGCACAACAGCUUCAUCGCUAUCUUAUGGCUUUUGGGUUUCCCCUAAGUGUUUUGGUCAGCUUGCUUCUUUUGUGAUAAAUGACUUCUCGACAAAGAUUCUUCAAAAUGUUGUCACACCCGUAUCGGAUCCUCCAACCAAAAAUUUUGCAGAGUCUAAUUAAGGUACAAAUAGACAAGGUACAAAUAGACAGAAGUGUUAUCUUUCCCUGCAUUUGUUCUUUAUAAAUUUAUGUUGUUGUUGUUGUUUAAUGUGGUAGAUCUAUGACCUUUUUUCUUGGAUAUUGCUUUUACACAUUUAUAAGUGGUUAUAAAAGAACCAUGUAGUAGUUUGUUGA